UUCGACGCGGGUGGGGUGCGCGAAUGAAUAAAAUAAAAAUGAACCCUAACUUUGUCUCUACUACUCCUCCCUUUCUCCUCCUCCUCCUCCUCCUCAUGGGCAUGGGCGUGGGCCCCACCCCCAUCUCCACCUCCACCCACCGCUAUCUCUAAUCCCCACCGUUGAUUCCUUCCCCACUCCCCCUUUCUCUCUCCCCUUUCCCUCUCUCCAACCUCUCUCUUUCUCUUUCUCUCUCUCUUGCUCUAGCUCGAGGGAGCGUUCAUGGCGGAGAGGGGGGGGAGGAGGAGGAGGAGGGGGCGAUGAUCGUGCGGCGGAGAUCGGGGUGAUCGGUGGGGGGAGAUCGGACGGCCGGGAUUCGAUUCGAUGGGGAACUCGCUGGGGUGCUCGGCGUCGGGGGAGCGGCUGGUGUCGGCGGCGCGCGACGGCGACGUGGUGGAGGCGCGGAUGCUCCUCGAGUUCAACCCUAGCCUCGCCCGCUACUCCACCUUCGGCGGCCUCAACUCCCCCCUCCACUUCGCCUCCGCUAAAGGCCACAACGAGAUUGUGAUGCUUUUGCUUGAGAACGGCGCCGAUGUGAAUUCCAGGAACUAUUGUGGUCAGACCGCGCUGAUGCACGCAUGCCGUUAUGGGCACUGGGAGGUGCUCCAAACCCUUCUCCUCUUCAGAAGCAAUGUCACAAGAUCCGACUAUCUCAGCGGCAGGACGGCGUUGCAUUUCGCUGCAGUCGACGGGCACGUCCGGUGUAUUAGGCUUUUGCUCUCAGACUUCAUUCCAAGUGCCCCCUUCGAAGAGAAUUCUUCUUCUUGUGACGGCGGCAAUAAACAGGAAAGCAAGGGAAACAGCCCGGCUUCCUCUUUGGGCCGUAAAUUCGAUCAAUCUGCACGUGCGAGAUUCAUUAACAAACCUGCGGAUGGAGGCAUUACAGCUCUCCACAUGGCGGCUCUGAAUGGUUACUUCGAUUGCGUGCAGUUGUUGCUCGAUUUAGGUGCCAAUUUCUCGGCAGUGACAUUUCACUAUGGAACAUCAGUGAAUUUGAUUGGAGCUGGAAGCACUCCUUUGCAUUAUGCAGCCUGUGGAGGGAAUCUCAAAUGUUGCCAGAUACUUCUUGCUAAAGGUGCUAGUAGGCUGACAUUGAAUUGUAAUGGGUGGCUUCCACUUGACGUUGCAAGAAUAUGGGGACGCCAUUGGCUCGAGCCUUUACUAUCGCCUAAUUCUAGCUCAAGCAUCCCCACGUUUCCACUCUCAAAUUAUCUUUCUUUGCCUCUCAUGAGCAUUCUUAAUAUAGCAAGAGAAUGUGGACUGCAAUUCUCAACAGCUUGUUCUGAUGAUAGCGAUCUCUGUGCUGUUUGCUUAGAAAGAGCAUGUGCUGUCGCUGCUGAAGGCUGUGGGCAUGAGCUCUGCGUGAAGUGCGCUCUCUACCUGUGUUCAACGAGUAACAUCCCAUCCGAACUGGUUGGCCCCCCUGGUUCGAUCCCAUGUCCCCUCUGCCGAAACGGAAUAGUUUCCUUCAUCAAGCUGCCCACCACCCCGGCCAAGGGACUCAAACCGAACCUCUCGCUCGGCCUCUGCAACCCGUGCAUCCUAAAUCCCGGCGCUGUUGACCCGCCGUCAGAUAUAAGAAGAAAUCGUGUUGCAGCGGUUUCCUCAGAACUCGUCUGCCCACUCACGUGCAGCACAUUAUUCCCUUCUGUUUCCCUCCACACUUGUACUUGUGAUGGUGAACUGUGCGACUCGAUUGAACCAGAAACGGAAAGCCCAGUUCAAUCUCCUAGACCAUCUCAGAGCACAACGAAUGAGCUGGAUAAAACGGAAGAGCAAGAAGGCAGUGAUAGAACGAGUUGCUCGAGUAUGUUUUGGGCGAGGCGAAGUUGCCAUAGGGAGCAGCAGUGCACUUCGGAGAUUAGCGCAUGAUUCUUUUUUUCUUUUGCUUGUGAAUAGUCCGAAUUCAUAGCAUUGGAAUAUGAGAAGAGAGAUGAGUAGCUGGGUUUUUUAUGUUCGCCUCGUCGAACUCUAUCAUUUCUAAGAGAUGUGUACAUGUUCUUGCAACCUGGAACGCUGGCAUUUGUAGUGUUGCCGCGUAUCCAGGUAAAUUUAAAGUGAGAUUAGUGCUGUUGUUUUUGUUAGCUAUCUGUAAACUACCGAACCGGUUGAAACGAGUCGAGCUCUAUAUCUAUCAGUUUGGUUUGGCAUCCAAGUUGCCUGUUCAUAUGGGCUGCUAUGAGUUUGUUUUAUUUACAUUAGUUGGGUUUGUUGUCA